AUGACGGCGCCCCCUGCUGAAGACUACUACUGCCGUCAGUUCCAGCCCAACACCUUUGACCCCUCCCGCUGCAGCUCCUGCCUGAGGCCGGAUCAUAUGCACCUCUGCACCAACACCACCGCUGAUGCUGGACAGGACAGCACACAAGAGUGGGUAUGUACAUGAGUCAUUCAGUUUUUUUUUCGUUUUUUUUUCUGAUAAACAAAUUUAAGCUUCUAUCUCACACUUCUACAAAUUAGACAUGAAAGUGCUUCAGACAACACUGGUGAGAAACAAAGACUCCCAUUCAGGACUUUUUUUAUUAAUUUUAAUUAUGUGUCAUGUUGAUUGUUUUUCUUGUGAUCCUGAAAUCGAUGACUGUGGCUGAAUCUGCACACUGUAAGGGUGGUUACAUACUAUGAUGGGCAGGCUACUUGUAAAAUGUUGUGAGCUAAGGUAGUUGUUGUUUUUGUUAAAUUUAUCUUCUCUACACCAAAGUUACCUCCAAAGACAUGUAGCAAGCUAAGCUACAGCAACAGGGCAAGAGUAGUUAAGCUAGUUCCAUAUUGAAAAUCAACUGAGGUUACGACAUGUUACACAUCGACUCUUGUGUGUGGCAACAGUACUGCUGAUUCCUAGAAACCACAAUCCAUUUGAUCUGGAUUCCUCAAUUGUCAGACCCUUGCUUUGAUGCUGAAUUUUCUCAUGAUAGCGAGUUAUUAUCUUCCUGGUAAUGUGAGGAUUCACUGGAAUUAUUACUGGAUGCCUCAGAGGUAUUGAGUGUUGAGUUUUUCAGUCUACCUCCUACCUUGAGGAUCAUCUUGUUCAAAUAAGGAGUUCAUGUGGUACAGCUUACUCUGGGAUGGAAACUGUUUUCCAUUGCUGAGAAACUUGACUUCCUCUGGACACACUUGUCUCUCACUCUUGUACAGUCCUGUGACCUGUUGACCUGUCCCCCGUUGCACAUUGAAGAAGGUGUACCUGUGUGACUUUACACCACAGAGAAAACUUUGACAUGCAGGCGGUCAGGCUUAAUUGCUUUGAGGUUUACUCAAAGUACAGUACUUUUACCCUUUUUACUUCAUGGUCUCCCUACUUUGCCUCUGCAGCUGAAGUUUAGACCUUCUCCCGUAAGAACUGAGGUCCUAUAGACCAAUUUGGUGAGCAAAGUUCACAUGCUCUUGAAGGUCUUGAUGCAAGGUCUGCAGGGUUUUGGUCUGCAGAAAUAUAUCUCCACUGCAGAGGAGCUGUGCUGAGGUGAAUCUGAGGUGCAUCUUUUGUAUCCUGUUCGACACAAAUGUGCGGAAGCUACAUGUGUCAUUGUACACUGAGAACAAAAAACUCACAACAAGAAUCUAGACAUAUUAGUCACAGAUUAAGAAAGACAGUUUAAGGAAACAUCAUUGGAAGGUGAGAUUUUAAAAAAAAAUCAUAUUCAGAUAAAAAAAUCUCCUUUUGUAGUUUGUUGAUAAAUACAGAAUUUAUUUAACCAGGAAUCUAACAAUGGAAAAAUUGCAUAUUGAGUACAAAAUGUGCAACAGGGGACAUUGUGUACGAUAGUUCAAGAUACAGGCAUGAUAAAACAGACUGGAUUCAUGAUGUCAGCAGUAGCACAAACUGAAACUACUGUAGACAGGGAAGGAGGAUUAUACUAGAAGUUGGCAUUUGAUUCUGAAUCAUAAAUUAAUAAAAGCUAAUUACUUAUGGGUGGUAAUCUAAGAUGCCUGUUCAAUACAUGCAAACAGUUCCCCUAAAAGUACCUACCUGACCUACCCAAACAAAGUUCUUUUAUCAGUUUUAUUACUUAAAUGUAAAUGUUUUAGUUUUAAGACAAAACAAUACAGCUUCCUGUAAAAAAUCAAGGAUUUAAAGAAGGAGUACAUAUUUUUGGAGGAUGAUUGUGAAUGAGAUUUUUAAAAAAUGAAGGCAGGAGGAUUAAGAUAAAGGUGAGAAAGACGUCGAAUGGGCGGUCUUGGUGAUGCAAAAGCACUGGAGCAAUGAAAUAAUGAUGAGCAUGACCGGGGACUAGCUUAAGUUACGUCCUGUGUGCACUAAAAGUAUAAGCCUAGCUAAUGCUGAAUGGAGAGAAGGAGGAAGAAGUUGCUUCGAGACUUGACUGAAGAUUUGGCUUGAAGGCAGUGAGAAGUUACAGUAAGUAAGUUUUCCGUCUUGUUUGGAUUUAGGAUGUUAGUUAGAUAUUUGUACAGAUGUAAUGAAUGUUUGCAGGUUAAUUGUAUAUUGAUCGGUUUGUUCUUUUAAACCUUCAAGAGGAAAGACAUCAUUCAUCAGGUAACUGUGUGUUAAUCUUUUGUCAGGGUCGUUAUGUGGUGCAGGUCAUUUUACAGUCAUGAUUGAAUUAACUCUGAUCCCUGUAGGGACUUGUACUGUAGAGAUCAUCAUAAAAACAGUCAACACAUGAAACAACUCCGUCACCCCUACAGCAACUCAGCAUUUCUGUCUGUUAAAUGUUGAUGUAAUUUAUGCGUUUCUUUUAUUUAAGAAUUCAUAAGCUUUACUUUUAACCUAAUACUUGGGAAAUGUGUUUUUUCUGCUCUACAAACCAGGACACAGAUGAUGAUAACCGUGUCCUCUCUGAGGUGACCUCAAAUGCCAGCAGUGAUGACAUCAGUGGUGGUUGGACCUAUGAGUGGAGUCUAGUCCACAGCCUGAGUCCCGAGUGGGAACUUAAUAUCUGCGGCUCUGACAUACAAUCCAGGUUACCGUAUCUUGUAUCCUUAUUUUAGAAACUACUUUUGAGCAAGAACACUUUGCCUUGGCAGUGAGUGCAUCUAUGUCAGAAACUAACAUUGUCUCACCUCUAAGGGACCUCCAUAGAAGAGGAAUAUUACCACCAAUAGUGGUUCAAGUUUGAUCAGAUUAGAGUUGCACUAAUCAGUGUUCUUACAUUAAAUAAUUACAUCAUCAAAGUUGUCUUAUAUUUAGGGUACAGAGUGUCCUAUUCACAUACGUUUUGGUAAACCAGUUCAUAUCUUCACAGGGUGUUCUGUGUGUGCAAGAACUUCCUCACAGGAGCUUCAGAAGCACUUAGUAUAGAGACAGACAGAAGAUUUGUUUUCUCAUAUGCUGUUUUCACUGUUCACUGUUCAUUAUUGAAAUAUUUUUUUCAAAGCAAAAAUCAUCUAAAGUGUGCAAACCAUUUGACUUGAGUGAAAAACAAGGUAACACUUUACUUGACGCCAUCUCUAUAACGCAUUAUAAAUAUAUGUAUGAUGUGUUAUAAUCACGUUAUAGCACUGUAUAACUGUAGUUAUAAACACUCAUAAAUGGUCCUUAUGCUUUAUAGCAAUUAUCAUAAUACAUAAUAAAGCAUUUUAUCAUGAAUUACAAGUUAUAGUUAUACAAGUUUAUAAGCAAAUAAUAACACAUUAUGAUACCUGACCUUGUAAGUCAUGAUAAAAAGCUUUAUAAUGUGUUAUGAUUAUUGCUAUAAAGCAUUAUGAUCAUUUAUGAGUGUUUAUAACUGUAGUUUUACAGUGCUAUAACAUGAUUAUAACGCAUUAUACAUAUAUUUAUGAUGCGUUAUAGAGAUAGGUGUCAAGUAUAGUGUUACCAAAAACAGCAUACUCAAUAUCCUGCUCUUGUCCCAUAAACAAGUGUGUGUUUUGAGAUCUGUGCAGCAAGCAAUGUGCCACUAUUUUUAAGCUUGCUAUUGUUUAUACAACCUAAAGGAAAACUGAAAUUAAUGGCACCAUGGUGAGGCCUCCAAAGGCUCAAAGUAGAUCAUCCCCUUGGGAAAUAAAUUAGGAUUCACACUGGGAUUAAUGCGAACAGUGCCAUUAUAUGUUUGCAAAACAGUGCAAGGGGUAGGUGUCAGCCAAGCAGUUCAAGAAAUAGCCCUAUUUUUUUAUAUUUCCAUAUAAACGCUUGACUGUCAAAGGUCAGCGUGGUGAAAUAUUUGGUCAGUGGACAUUUCCUAAGCAUGUGGAAUACAAGAUAAACAGAGGCUUCUUUGUCCACAGGGAGUGCUCUAAUUUACACAAACAGGAGCUUUAAAUACAGUGUAUUGCUGUAUUUUUUAAUGCCCCAUAAACUCUCAUUGCAUUACAAUCCUGCAGUCUCCAGUGUUGCGCUCAAAGAUUUAGCAAGUACAUUUAGGAGGGAUUUUGACCUGAGUCACUGCAAAAUAUCCUGAGCUCUGUAGGCCCAUGCGUUCAGGAUCUUUUGCAUAGACCAGAAAUAAUAACUUGCGUUUUUUAUUUGUUUUAUUGUCUGUAUAAGUGAUUAGUUUUAUUCACUUUCCUCCAGCUCUCCAAAUCUCUGCGACAAUCCAGGCAGGAGCAGAUCCCUCAGUGCAGGGAGGAGCUGUGUGGCCCAGAGAGAUAUGACUCGGUUGGACCCUUCUCCUCAUCGUGGAACUGGAAGCUCCUGGAUGGAUGAGAGGAGGGGCAGGGACAGGUCCUGCCGCAUGUCAGGUACGUAAAAAAUACAAUACAUGUUUAAGUUUGCUGCUUUCUUUUUUUACAUAAAUUAAUCUUGAACAUAACCUCUGAUUUUCAGAGUCCGGUCGAGACAGGGAACAAGAGAGCGGCUAUUUCUCUCCAGACAGAAGAGGUGAUAGUCAGCAGCAGAUGGAGGAAGUCAACAAACGGCAGUAUCGUUACUAUGAGAGGGGACAUCCUCUUCCCAGUAACUAUACUCCUGAGCCAAAAGCAUGCGUCCCCUACAGGAACGUCAACCUGGGUGUGCCAUCCCAGCGGAGGAGUCGAGACACGUUCAUGCAAGAAUCUUGGAGAAGUGAGUCCCCUGAGAGGUACACCUACCACUCAAACUUCAGACGCAGAACGGAUUCAGAGCAGAAUUCACCAACACGGCACAGCUCUGUGAGUCCAGAUCGCUACAAGUUGAUUGAAUCUCCUGUAAUGACCCAGCGGAGAAGCUCCAUCUCCAGGAGUCAAGCCCGGUCUCACUCCACAUCACAUGGAUCCUCUCAGCUUCCAUCACACGGUCCUUCUCGACAGACAUCCGGCAGGACAAGUCCAGGCUGCAGGAGGGGGUCCACCACCUCAAGGACGGUCUCACCUUCUAGAGCCACUCCCUCUCACAGGCAUACUGACUCUUUCCAUUUGCAGAACGGGGAAUAUGAUGCACAAAAGGGAUACAGCAGAAACUCAAGGAGCCCGUCUGUAUCUUCCAACAAACACAGCUUGGAUUCUGAAAGGCUCUACAGGAACCUGGAGUCUCUCUCACGCCGUGGGUCAUCCACCAACCAGAAAAACUCAUCUGACAGAUCUCAAGCAUCUCCUCAGCCAAGAACAGCUAUCAACAGCCCGGCCAACGCUCUGUCUCGCAACAGUCGUGAGAUAUCUCCACCUAGGAACGGCUAUAGCACACACAGCCACACCCCACAGAGGGAGAGUAAAGUCAGUCCUUCUCAAGGCUCCUGGCAGGGGUCCUCACACUCCUUACUCAGCCUCCCGCCCUCUCGCGGUUCGUCGACAUCAAGACACCAGUUAAAAAGUGUUGACUCUCUCAUGCUUGGUGGUUCACUUUCACCAGUUUCACUGAUGGAAACCGAUAAAGGUAAUAGAGAAAAAAAUAACUUGAGUGGUGACAGAAGCAGGAGCAACGUGAGGAGAGGCAUGGAUGCCUUACUGAUCUCUGAACCCAAGAAGGAGGCAGUGGAAGAGGAGGAGGUAUGUGUAUCAGGUUUUAGGUGUCCUUAGCCAAACCCACCACGCGGGAGUACCUAUUGUCAGUUCCCUAAGGAUAAAAGUUACUGACUCUGACGAUCUCGACUUUUUUUGCAUCCAAGCUUUUAUUCAUACAUUGCUUCUGUUGAGGAUUGAAUAACCGCUUAAGUACUUGGUCAUUGGUUGGUUUAAAGGGAUAUUCCAGUGUAAAAUUAAUUUUGGGUGAUCAUUUCUUCAUGGAAGUGUAAUCAGACCGUGACGCUAAGGUAGAAAAACUACCACAUCUGCAGGGCAAAAUGAUUAAUAUGAUGAUUAUUACUUCAAGGAAAUGAUAAAGAAAUGAUCAUAAAUGUUCUUCCUUGAGCUGCGUCACCCCGCAGCAGUCCGUAAUGAACUGGCCUGAAGUCUCGCUACAAACAAGCGGCUGCUGCAAGAGAGUCGGUUAGUUGUGUUUAGUCUCUUUGCUAAAGAAAUUAGGCAAAGCUAAAAAGAUGUUUGGUGGCUAGUACUGUGGCUUGGACCCUAUAUGUACUGUUGAUGAAGUUAGGUGCUUUUCUGAGCAUUAUUUGUGGCUAUAGAGUGGCGUUUUGGUUGAGGUUUGUUUAUGGCUCCUCAGACCGCUGUGUAUUGCUAUCGUCGGUUGUAACUAAAGUUGGUAUAACUAGAGAAGCAAGCGGUCGGCAACAUCUCUUGAGGGGGUGUCUAACUCGGUGUUACGGUGUGUUUGACCCUAAAUUAAUUUUACGCCGGAAUAUCCCUUUAAGUUAGAAUAAAUUAGCCCGCUAUAUCAGUGAAAUAAACUGUUAAACAAAGCAAAUUUCAUUACUACUAAACAUGAGCAAGGCAUGCUAACAGUUUUUGACAUCAGCAGGACUUUGGUUUCUCUGACUCACUGAUUAUAUUAUCUCAUUAUCAUAAAAAAAACUUCAUCUUUUCAUUGUAGGUGGGGAUGACCAUGGACGACUAUAUUGUCCUGGCUGAUAUUCCAAAGAUCUAUCUGGAGUCAGAAGAAGAGCUACCUGGGCUGAAGAGGAGAAACCAGAGUCCCAGCCCGUGCAGAGAUCAGAAGCUGAGGACUUACAGGUUGGUGGUAUUGAACAGAUGUCUCAUGGUCUCUCGUAUUACGUAAGAUGUGUUACUUGUGCACUGUUUAUUUGGUGGCCAAAACAUUAGGGACAAGUACUGUAGCGUGUAAAAACUAGAGAGUGGUAAGUCCUGGAGUAGUCGCAGUGUGUAAGCCGUCUCUGCCACCAGCCAUUUGCUGCUGCAGCUUUCAAAGCCUUUAGGCACCAUCUACAGGUGAAACUAUUACAACAUAUAUGCACCGGUUGACCCAGAGGUUACAGUCCUUACCACAGUGGUUGUUGGUUCAAUUCCCAGCCAUGAAAAAUACGAGGUAAAUUAGGCCUGUUGUAUGUUCAUGUUCUGAUGAAGGAUGUAUGCAUAUUUUGUGUCUUUUCUUCAUAAUUAAUCAAUUCGUGAAGGUAUCAGGAUGAGACUGAUAUCUACGGUUCGAGGUUUGAGCAGGAUGAGAGGGGGAGAGGCAGAGAGAGGGGUAGGGACAGACGAGAGAAAUGUCGGGACUCUGAGAAUGGACGAUCAUCUCGAAGACAGUCGACAGCAUCUCCUAAAAUACAGGUGUGUUACAAUCACUGGAGCCAUCUCCACAGUUCAAUCAAUGUCAUUAGUAAAGCUUUUAAUCUGUGCUUUUUUAUGAAGACUUCAGAGUAUCAACACAGAUCUAUGAAGUCGAAGGCGCAUGCCUCCCAUGAACGUCCACAGACACAGGUGAGUUUGGUCUUGUGACUUUCAGCAUCUACUCGAAUCCCAUGAGAGUAGGAAAACAGGUCAGUUUGUUUGGGACUUCUUUAUAACUAGUUGUUCUGUGCAGAAGCAACUUGCUGUGGAAAAAGCCAGAUGUCAGCAUGUUCACAUGAUUUAUCGUCUUUAUAACUAGGUUCUAGGCCAAUUCGAGACAAUGUUUUCUGCAGAGUCGUUCCUAAAUCUUUUAAAGGGGCAGUGCAUAAAAUUUUCCAACAUUUAGCAGAAUGGACUUGGUAAUAAUGGGAUUUAAUACUUUAAAGUAUACUCCAACAUGUGUAUAAUAUAAAAAUUGUGGCUUCAGUGAUGUGAGAGGUAAGCAGGGAAGCGUUUCAAAUUUACAAUCUUGUCUCUAGAUGUUGCUAGAUAUCUAUCUUGAAAUAAAUUACUGCAAAAUGAAAAACUUAAGAUCCUAUUUCAAUGCUCUUUGUUAGCUGAAGCAAUUCAAUAGCUUCAAGAACAGUGUGUGCUAUCAAAUUUGAUAUUUUCAUCAUUUUACUUCACUCUACGUCAUUCUUUGUUCCUUUCUUUUACACACUGGACCUUGUGCCUCAUGCAUGGUAAGUUUUGCCCUUACAGAGCCUGCAUGCUUUCAGACAGUGUUAUAAUCUUUUCACUCUUCUUCUUUUACUUCCUAUUUCACCCAAUUUACCAUUUUUAACAAUGAAGUUCUGCAAAAGCUACCCACCUCUUUUAAUGUUCUCGUUUCGCAGCGUGUUUCCUUUUUCUCGUGGUUCAGUGUUAACCUUUUCUGUCUACGCUUCAUCAUGCUUCAUCAUCUUGCACGGCAUGUCUGUUUCUGACAGUUUCCGUUUCCUCUAGUUUAACCAUGAAGUGAGACACAGAAACCACAACUGAAUACUUUUAAAAGACUGCCUCUUAAUAUUUCACUGUCAGGUGCUGUUUCUAAAGGGGUGGAUGUCAAGACUGGAUGAAAUUGGCAAGGUAAAAAGAACGUUUAAAAGGCUUUUUCCUGAUUUAAAACAAUAGUCAUCAUGUAUUGCAUAUGUUUUUUCCAUUUCCUGUUUUAACCACAAUCCGACACCUUGACAGACAGCAUAAAAUACCACAAGCUAUGUGUGAAGAACUUCACAUAGCAUAAAAAUAUCAGCAGAUAUCUUUGGCAUUGACAGAAAGCAAGAACUUAGAGCUGUGCAUGUUUCUUUUGUUUUGCUCAGUGGAGGAAGCAUUGGUUUGUUCUGGGUAAUACUUCACUGAGGUACUACAGAGACUCAGAGGCUGAGGAGGUAAGACCUGUUAUGUGAUGGGAAACAAUAUGCAAAUUAGUGAAAAGCUCCUCAUUAACACCCCACAUGGAGUCAUUCAGAUGGGUUUUGUGCGGGUUUAAUUAUUCUUCUUUGGUGUUCGAGUCACAAAUGUUUGCAACUUGACUAAAUAAGUACUGUUUUUUUGCUGCAGUCAGAUGAUGUGGACGGAGAGAUCGACCUGGCAUCAUGUGUGGAUGUGUCAGACUGUGAUGUAGAGAAGCACUAUGGACUCAAAAUACAAGUAUGUAUUUGCUGUUCUUGUGUUUUGCUCAUUUGCUGCUGAACAACAGACCUUGAGACAGACAGACAGUUUGAUGGCCCUCAUACACUUCCCCCCCUUUUCUACAUCAGUGGCAUGUUUGGCUGCUUCCUGUUUGACUCUGUGUGUGUCUGUGUGCAUAUCUUUACACUGUCUUUUGAUCUUCUCCAGACAAAGAGAGCAGUGUUCACUCUCUCUGCUGUAACCUCCAGAAUACGGCAGAACUGGGUGAAGUUACUAAAGCAGGCGAUUCAGAGCAACGCACAGUGAGUCUGGUCUUUUUUACUGUGAGAGAGUGAUGUAAGAAGUAUUCAGAUGCGAUAACUAAGUAAAAGUUGCAGUCUCAAUACCAAAAUGUACUAAAAAAUAGAAGUUAAGAGUACUCAAUGCUGUGAAGGCAGGAUAAGGGCCUGUGUCCAGUAACAGCUGUUAAUAGCAGUGCCCACAAUCCCAUUUCCAAAGCACUUCUCUCUAUCUCUUAAUGCUGUUAGGUUAUUAUAGUUGUCCCACUUCCCAAAAUAUUGGCUGUUUAGUGCGUAUAAAAAAGUUUUGUAUACUUAAUUUUUGCUUUUAUGAAAUAAGGUUGUAAACCUCAAUGAAGUUGUGAAACAACAACACCAGAAAUCUUAUCAGUACAUCAAUUCUAACCUGUGAACUGUACCCUUGAGCAAAACAAGUGAGGUUAGUUUUUUUUUUUACAAAUGGACCACUGCCAUUGCUGUGGACAAAGUCGAUAUCAGGAGUCCCCUCUUUUCUUGAUUUUGGUCGGUUGGCGGUGGAGAAGUGACACGAACAAGUGGAUUGUUUCUCCAAAAGGUUAAUUGUUUUUAAUGAGAGCUUAGCAACAAAAAACAGCUGAUGUUGAGGGUGAAGUUAAUUGCAUUGAUUUGUGUAGAGAAUAGAAUAGAUGACAUGAAAAAUACCAUCACUGGACACAUGCCCUUACAGAGUAUGUUAAAAAAAAUGAUAAUAAAAAAUAAGUUAAAAUUCACUUCAGGAGCUUCCGGUUGUUGGUUUUGCUGUCAGUGCGAAAGUAAAUUAUACCAAGUACAUUAUUGUCAUUCAUAAUUUUCAUCUUUUAACAUUGACGAAUUAUUGUUAGUUAUCAUAAAAUACUGAAAAAAGUGUGUUCUAGCUGCGAAUACUUAUUUUUUAGACUUUCAUGUAGCAAAUUGUGCCAAACUCCUUGAUACUUUUCGAACAAUGGUCUUUAAUUUGACCUGAAAAUUCCCGAUCACCUCUAUGAAAUGCAGACAAUGUGAUUGGGUGGUCUAUCUGUAACAAACCCCCUUAUCAUCUUUCUUCUGAUGUGUAACUCUACCCUUGUGUCUCUCCCUCAUUCUGCCUUUAGCCAAUCAGACACCAGCAGUGAGAAAGCGAACCCCCUCUCCCGGAGACCGUCUCCAUGCCAACCCCCUGCUCAGUACACCUGCGAGGACUCAGCCUAUGAGCAUACCACUGCCACCUACACCACCACGGCUGCAAACUCCCAUCAGGCCAACCACCAUUACGGCCAACACGACCACCAAACAGCAGACAGAGACCAAGUCGCAGCUCCAGCCAGUCAGAGAGAGGAGGGGGAGGGCUGGGACCGGGAACAAGCAAAGCGAUUGGAGGAGAGGAACAAAUGGUUUGAGGAAGGGGUCCCACUCAGCGAGAUGGGCAGCAGGUGGGACUCCAUGGAGCUGAAAAAGGGGAGUGUACCUGUGCCUCUCAUUGAGACCAUGGAUUCAGAGGUCAGUAGGAAAUGGGCGGAAUUGGAGACCCUGUCAUUUAGGGACAUAAGUGCACAGUCUCUCAUUGGAACCCAGGCCUAUGAGUCCAGCACUCCUCAGGAAUCUCAGACUCUCAACAUCCCCCAGACUAAUCAAAUGAGCCCAGAGGAGGCCAAAUGCUCUGUCCCUGAAUCAGAAUGUGGUUUUUCACAGUCAUCUAUAAAUGGAGCCCAAACUAUUCAAACAAACACAGCUGAAGCACUUCAAAAAGAGGUAAGAAAGAAAAGUCAUUCCAUAUGAAACUUUAAAAGUAUUGAGCUGAAACACACAAGUGAUGAGAAAUUAUGUAAAAUCCAAAAGCUUUAUUCAUCACAUAUGUCCCGACUUUCUCAUACGGUCCCCAGGCUCUCUCUCUUCGAAAGCAGGUGGAGAGUAUAAAGAGGGAGCGUGCAGCCAUGGGAAUAGAGGUGGACAGCCCUUGUGGCCCUGGGGCACCUUGCAGGGCCAAACUAGAAGCAAUGGAAGUAGCCCAUCAGAAAGCACUGCAAGAGCUGCAGGUGAGACACACGAAGGAGUUCAGGGAGCUGGAGCAGCAGAGAGACAAGAUGCUGCAGGAAGAGAGACAGGCCGCUUCGAAAGGUAAGAAUGAGAGAGUGUGCUACAUUUGUGGUCCAUGCAAAUGGAUAUUUCUGUGUGUUUUUUUAAUGCUGUUUGGAAAAAGCAACAACAGACUAACUUACCUUUAACUAACCCCUUCCUAAAGCCAUGGAGGAAUUAAAAGCAUAUCACAGAACACAGCUGGAGGGAGAGUUGGAUAAGGCAAGCAGGAAGGAAGGAAGAACUCUGCAUGGGGAAACCCCGUCUAAAGGCCACUUGUAAGUUUAUUAGUUUCAAUCUGCCAUCAGACUGGGACAGAGUCUUGCUGUCUCAUAUACUGCAGGCCAAAGAUGUUCUCCACUCCAUCAUGACCCACAGCAUAAUACUGCAUUAUAAUCUACUUGGUGAUUGGUGUGUUUGUGUGUGUUAGGCCUCAGGCAGACAUCCUGCACAGUGAGUUAGAUGUGCUGUCGGAGAGAUAUUCUCAGACCUGCCUGCAGCUGAGCCACACGGAGCAAUUCAGCAAGAGCCGAGAGAGUGAGCUCAGUCACAAGGAGAGAGAGCUGCAGCAGCUCAGAAGAGAGAACCAGGUUUAUACUCAGGACUAUCACAUGUCAUAACACGAAAUUACAUAUAAAAAAUAAAUAAAAUAUACUAUGCUUCAGCCUGGUGAAUACAGUAUUUAGGUUCAUAAGGUGUUUCUUCAUCUGAGCUAAAAAAAAAAUCUCUUUCCAGGAGCUUAAAGCCAAACUGGCAGAAGAAAUCAGUCGCAUGCGUUAUUUCAUCACAGGGCAGAAGUCGGACACAGUAACUCUUUCCAACACUGAGCGCUCUUCAUCAGAAGUUGAGGUAUUAGUAGCACUAAGUUCAUUUUUACUGUGCUCUAUUGUUUUUGAAAAUAGUUAAUUUAUAACUAUAUUAUCCUUUCACUGAUCCCAACCCACUCCUGUUAAAUACACUUGUGAGGACAAAUGUUGUCAGUGCUGUCGUCAUAGAGAGGCAGAUAAGUACCAUUGGAUGAUUUUGCUGAGGGGGGGUUUAAUUCCUCUCUAGUUAAACUAAUUCCUGUAAACAAUUUGAUUAUUUGUAAUCGAUUAAGUGCCCUCCUGUUGUAACAAUAGAAAGCAUUGUUUUAUUUGUCAGCUGUCCUGGUUGGUGUCAGACAUCUGUGGUCAGACAUUAGCAUAAGUGUAGCUCAUGCUGCCACCUACUGCUGGAAUCACCAUGAAUUUUUUGAGCACUGUCCAACAUUAUCUACUCUGAUGAAGUGACAGGUUUUGCAGGAACAAAACCUAAGAAUCCGAAGCGAACAAAAUUGAAAAAUAACAUUUAAAAAAAAUAAAAUAAAAAUCAUUUUUUUUAAAUGCUACCAGUAAAAUACACAUAGCGUUGGAAGUAUUUCUUAGAGGAAGCAAUCAUCAUACCCAUUAUGCUUUUUUUAUUUUACUCAAUGCAAUGAUAAAUAGUAAGAAGCAUUUUAUGAUUAAUUUUUUUUUCAAACAGAAAACAUAUGAAGUUUAAAAACUCUCAAUUUAUGUACAGAUACCUAAGUAGGCGAGAUACCUAAGUAGGCCUGCACUCGAAAACAGUAAAUAUGUUCCUGCUAUCACAAAAAGUGACUCACCAUCUGUAUACAAUAGAAACAGUAUAUUUUCUCUAUUUGUCUUUCAGGUAUUACUCAGAGCAAAGGAUAAUGAGGUCCAGUAUCUCAAAAAAGAAAUCUCCUGUCUACAAAAUGAAGUUCAGUCUCUUACUAAGGUGUGUUUUUGAUAUGACAAUUAGUAACACUUGUACACUCAUGCACAACACUGAUCUACACGGUUAAAUUGUAUUCCAUAUUUUUUCUAAACUUUUCUCUAGGAGAGAGACGCAGCUUGUGAGCGAUGUAAGGCGGCCUAUGUGGAGUUGAGUGAAUUAAAGGGUCGCAGCAGGUUGGAGACGGGCUCCCUCGAUGAACACUUGAGACUGGCCAAUGCUGUACUUCAGGAAGGAACCAGAAACACCUGA